AAAAAAAAAGGUUUGAAGGUACUGGUCAAAGGUCUAAGUAUUAAGAAUGAGGAAAGAAUUUGUGUAUUAAGUGGGCUUAUUGAGACUAUUCGAGAAGGGCUUAUUCAAAAUCAUUUGCCAUCUUGGAAUAUUAUAAAUCACCAUGAAGAUCUGGCAAUUUCCUGUCGAAUAUUACCUUUAAAAAUACAGUAAUUGGGCAAAGGUAAAUUGUAUAGGAAGAUUGAAAACAACUUGUACUUCUGCAGGUUCAACAUAGAAAUGUACCUCUUGACCAGUUUGCUGAAUGUGAACUGGGAGUGUAAUCUUUUCUGAACAGCUGAGGAACCUGAGAGCUUGUUGAAGAAUUUUUAGAGAAGAGUUUCAGGUUCGUGUGCUCUUAAGACUUAUCCAAUGGAUGUUUUAGGAGAAAAUGAAGCACUGCAACAGUUUUUUAAAGGUCAGGAUGUAACUGGAGCACUGGAGAAUCCUUUUGUUGACACCAGUAUGCUGGAAGCGUAUAUUAGUAAUGACUUGGAUUCAGGAGCCAUUACUUUACCAGACUCCCCACCGGAUUCUGUAUCUGAGCGCUGUUCACCUCCACAGAUGACGGAUGUCCAAUAUGGUGGUCCACGUGGAGCUGGAUUUAAUUCCCAAAUAGAUCAAUCAUCUUCAGUGAGUCAUCCAAACACUCCAUGUAGGUUUACUGAGCUGGUUCUGCCUACUCAUUCUAACUUGCCACAACAACAUAGACAAACUGGACGUCGUGAAUAUUUUAUGAAACCUGAUGUAGCUAUCCCUGCAAACAAAACUUCAGAAUCACCCAGUUAUGUGGAUUUCCCAAUUCUUCCCACUUAUGAGAGUGCCCCUUGUCACUCUGAAAUUUUGAUUCAACAUUCAAAGAAGAGGAAGCGUUCAGAAUUAUGUGAGAAUACCAUUGAUAUGUGGAAUGAUAUUCAAAGCCAAGAAGGCAACAAUUCUAGAGAACAUAGCACUGAUGUCUAUAGUUAUGAUAAUGACAGUCAAAAUGGAGUUUGCAUGGACUGGAGCUAUCCAUGUUUGAAAUGGCACCAUUUUCAACCCAAUCAUUGGGCAACUUUGUUUGACAGUAAUUACAAUGAAUUACCUGCUCCAGGCUAUAGAGUAGAUGCGGACAAAGGAUUUAAUUUUUCUACAGUAGAUGAUUCAUUUGUUUGUCAAAAGAAGAACCAUUUUCAGGUCACAGUUCGUGUCAGUUUGAUUGGAUGUCCAAAAUAUGUUAAAACGCCUCUGGGUCUUAAACCAGUUGAAACAUUCUUCUUGAAGGUAUUUGGAUUAAAGGUUGAGACCACAAAUCAGAUGAUCACCAUUGAACAAUCUCAAUCAGACCGGAGUAAGAAAUCUUUUGAUCCAGUCAGGAUUGAUUUGCCAGGGAACCAAACUACAAAAGUAACUUUAGGAAGAUUGCACUUUGGUGAAACAACAGCAAACAACAUGAGGAAGAAGGGUAAACCUAAUCCUGAUCAAAGAUACUUUAUGCUUGUAGUUGGUUUAUAUGCUACCUGCCAAAACCAGAAUUAUUUAUUGGCUGCUCACACAUCUGAAAGAAUAAUUGUGCGGGCUUCAAAUCCUAGUCAAUUUGAAAGUGAACUUGCAGGGACAUGGCAACAAGGGAACGCUCCUAACGCAAUUAUCUGUCACGGUCAAGUGGGAAUCAACACAGAUACUCCAGAUGAGGCAUUGGUUGUGUGUGGCAAUGUAAAGGUAAUGGGAUCAGUCCUGCAUCCAUCUGACAGACGAGCUAAACAGAACAUUCAUGAGGUUGAUACAACGGAACAACUGAAACGGAUAACACAAAUGAGGCUAGUUGAGUAUGAUUACAGGCCUGACUUUGCAAUAAAAAUGGGAGUAGACCACCCUCAUGAGACUGGUAUUAUAGCACAGGAAGUGAAGGAAAUCCUGCCAUCAGCUGUAAGAGAGGUCGGGGAUAUCACCUAUACCAAUGGUGAUAAGAUCGAGAAUUUCCUUAUGGUUGACAAAGAACAGAUUUUCAUGGAGAAUGUCGGAGCAGUGAAAGAGUUAUGCAAGUUGACUGACAAUUUUGAAAAAAGAAUUCAAGAAUUAGAAGUCUGGAACAAAAAUCUUGCCAAGCUGAAGUUGAUUGGGAGUGUGAAAUCUAAGACGAGUGAGAAAAAUAGCAGCAUAUUUCGCCGGGCAAGCAACAUGACAACACCAAAGAAACCUGUUAUGGCCAAACACAGGGCCUACCUUAACCAGCAUAAAGGUGACUGCUCUCUUCAGAAGGUUUUCCAUAUUGUCAUCAUGGCUCUAAUGGGUCUCAUGGCCUUUUGUGUCAUUUUGAUAUCCGCACUUUACGUACUAACGUUGAAUGAAGAACGAAGUGCUGUUAACAAGCUGAAUGAAAGCUUUAUUUCAGAGUCAUUUACAACAAACAAGCAUGCUACCUUUAUAACAUAUACAGCAUUGCCAGAAAAUGCAAGUUUAGUUUAUGCAACAGCAACCUCUGAAAUUCCCCGGCCUGAAAUAAGCUUCUGUAAUAUCCUACCUUGUGUCACUGUGCAGUGUUGUGCACUUCAAUCACAAAAAAAAGACAUUUCUAAUGAUUGGACAAACAGGAGAAUUGCCAAAGGUCUUGUACAAAACUACUUUCAACCAAAACUGGUAACAAGCCAAAUAAAUAUGAAGAGAAAUCAAAAUAGUGAUUGGUUUGAUACAUCUAUUAGAUCAAUAAGAGUUAUGGAAAGUCAGCAACAAAUUGACCAACAUUACUGUGUUAAAGGAAUUCAUUGUGGGAAUGGCAGCUAUAGCUACGUAAUUCCAAUCAACAAGUAUACACCUGUUAAUAUGAGAAUUACUUUGGAAAUGAACACAACAGCACCCGUGAUUGUUUAUAAAUGUAAAGUGAACCUUGGUGAGACAUGUGUAACACCUGCACACAAAAUAAUGAAAAGGGAUGCAUCACAGGAAAUGUCUCAGGGGUAUCAACAUUUCUGGUUCUUGCCAGUAGCACAUCUUCAUGAGUGUACAUACCACUUUCGCGUUGCAGCACCAGGCCUGGCAGACUGCAGAACAAAUCCGAACUUUGCUCGAAUAUUCUUCACAGAUUACCACUUGUACUUCUAUCGACAAUGCAGCUAAUUCAGAAGAACAAAUCCUAUACCUGUAUUGAUCUUUAUUGAAGUACAUUCUUUUCAUACAGACUUCAUAUAGCAUCUUUUGUUAUUUAACAUCUAUUAAUCAACCAGAUUAAUUCUUGGAUGUAAAAUACACACAUUACAUACUAAUUAUGAUUCUUGUCAUCUCGAGGUAUGUGAAACACAGGAGUAGCAUCUGACUGGAAUGGAGGAACAGCACAUUUUUACAUAGAUUUGCCAGUUGUAUUUUACAGGGAUUGCUAAGAGUGAGAACUAAUUUAAUAUUUUUACUUCUGUGAAGUUUAUAAAUUAAUAAAAUUUGAAGCAGUCUAAAUUCUUAGGUUUUUUUUGCUAAAUACAAGUCUUGUUGAGUUUGGAGUAAUUCUUGCUGUGAGGCAAAGGGAAUUUUUUUCAACGUAUCCCACCAAACCAAACACACACAUUGGUUUUGGAUUAUUGCAAGUUUCUUAUCUAUAUCCUGGCCCAUCGUACCAGGUGUUGUUACCAGGGCAACUUGCCACUCACUGGUGAUACCAAAACUGACUGGUAUUUCUGACGCUGGUGCCAUAUUUAAAAGGCCAUUGUGCACUCAGAGUGGGCAUGAGGAACUUACACUGGUGGGGUGAAGGAAGGCAUUGAACUUUAUUUCAACAUUGCUGGACAUUCUGCCAAUCAACUGAGUCUGCUCUAACAUUAGUGGCAAUCAUGGACUGGGCUGGCAUGGUCUAGUGACAUAGCCUCCAUAGCUGGUCUUUGUGGACAUCAAAAUUCAGCCCGUGCACCAUCCUGUGCAGUAGGAUCACAUCCACAAUAAAUGAAAACAGGUCUGAUUACAAAUACACGGCUGCAGGGUGACCAGGGAUGGGAACUGAAUGUCCAGGAGUAUUCAAUAUUUAGGAAAGACAGAUAGAAAGGAAAGGUGGCGGACUUGCAUUGUUAGUUAAAGGGGAAGCAACACAAUAGUAAGGAAGGAUACCAGCUGGAAUGCUGUGGACUGUAUGGACAAAGCUGAACAGCACCAAGGGGCAAAAAGCAUUAUUGGUGGUUGUACAUUGACUCUUGAAAUGUAGGGGUGAUUUUGGGAUUUGUGUUAAACAGGAAAUUAGAGAUGCAUGCAAUAAUGGAACAUCUGAAAUUAUGGGUGGCUUCUGCCCAAUCUAUAUGCAGGUUAGUCAUAUUAGCACCCAGACAGCAGAGAAGGGAUUUCUGGAGAAAAACAGGAUAGUUUUCUAGACCAAUAUGGAUAACUUGAGGAUCCAACUAGAGAGUAGGUUGUUCUAGACUGGAUAUUGUGUAAUGAAAAAGAAAUAAUUAGUAAUGUAGUUGUGUGAGGCCCCUUAGGCAGAACAACUAUAAUAUGAUAGAAUUCCCCGUCAAGAUGGAGAAGGACAUAGUUGAUUCCGAGACUGGAGUUCUGAAUCUAAAUAGAAGAAAUGGCGAUAAUGAGACCAAGUUAGUGUGAUAGACUGGGGAACAUUACUUAAAAAGGAUGACAGUGGAAAGGCAAUGGAAAGCAUUCAGAGAGCAAAUGGGUAAACUGCAAAAAUUGUUUGUUCCUGUGUGGCGCAAAACGGAAAGUGGGAAGGUAUCCAAACGAUGGGCUACAAGGAAUGCUAGAGACAGUGUUAGAGCCAAGGAAAAGGCAUACAAAUUGUCGAGAAAAUAAUACAUGUAUAGAUACAAAAGGAUGUUCCCAUGAUGGGAGAGACAAGAACUAGGGAUCAUAGUUUUAA